AUGACUUUUGUGCAGCCACAAGGGUUUAACAUUGCAGGUUUUCAGUCUUUACUGAACUAUCAAUAUUUCUUUAUAUUUUUGUUAGUUGUCUAUAUGACAACACUGUUUUCAAAUGGAUUUCUCAUGGCAAUAAUAUUAUUUGUAGACAACCUUCACACUCCAAAAUACAUUGCUAUAUUCAAUUUAUCUAUUAUAGAUGUAGGUUACAGCACAACAAUUAUACCAAAAUCUGCAGAGGUUUUUCUUUCUGCUUCUACUUUUGUUAAAUAUGAAUCAUGCUUAACCCAGAUGUUCUUUGUGCUGUUUUUUUCUGCAAUGGAGUCUUUUUCGAUUGCUAUAUUGGCAUAUGAUAGGCUAAUAUCAAUAUGCUUUCCAUUGCAUUGUAAAACAAUAAACACAAAUUCAAGAAUGGUGUCGAUUAUUGUAAUUACUGGAACUGUUCCUUUAGUAGCUUCUGUGAUUACUGUUUAUUUAUUAACACAUUUAUCAUUUUGUAACUCUGUUACAGUUAACAGUUAUUACUGUGACUAUGGCCCCAUGUUUAACAUGGCUUGUAAUGAUAACACACCCAACUGGGCAAUGGCAUAUUUCAGUAUAGUUGUGUUUUUCUGUGGUCCUUUGACUUUUAUUCUUAUAUCCUAUGUUUGCAUAGUAGUAACACUGUUAAAAAUAGCAUCUGCUACUGAAAGGCAAAAGGCGUUUAAAACUUGCAUUGCCCACUUAUUAUUAGUAGGAAUAUUUUUUAUACCACUCCUAGGGAUUUAUAUCACAUCCUGGGCCAAAAUAGCUGUCAGUGUAAAUACAAGAAUUUUCAACACCUCUUUAGCUGCUGCUCUACCUCCACUGUUGAAUCCAAUUAUAUAUACUUUAAAAACUGAAGAAAUUAUGAAUGAAGUUAAAAAACUGUUUAAUAGAAGACUUUUGUCUGUUUUUUAA